CAGCCCUCUGAACACGCCUACCAGGACCCCGUGAUCUCCAGUCCUUCCGAAUGCCAGUGCCGCAAAGGACAUCUAGGUGGCAGUCAGCUGCCGGGAAAUCGCCCUUGUAAGCGUAAUGACCCCCUCCCGCCGAGCUCGAGCGGCAAAAUGGCUGGCUUGGGCUUCUGAACUUGUUCUCGUUCCCAUCUCUCUCUCGUCUCUGACACUCCAAAUAAUUAUUCUUUUUCAUUUUCGCUCCACUAACUGGCGUGCAUCCUUUCUCUGGAGUAAGCCAGCCCCGACCUAUUUCUGUCGUCCUCGACUGUGUAACUCCUCACUGCUCCCCAGUUCCUGUUUUGCUCUCCCAGCCGCAACCGCCCUGCGUCCAUUGCAAAAAGGCGGGAUUUUUCUUUCGUUUGCUUCAACCUUGAUUCCCUUUCUCUUCCUGUUACGUUUUUUAUAUCCUUUGUUUGUUCGCGUCGCUUUCCAACUGAAAGAACCGCCAACAAGAUUCCUUGUUCUCCUUUUUCCCCUCUUUCCGUUUUCUAACCCGACCCCUCCUUUCUCCCUCCUUCACCCUUGGCUUAGCCCUUUUUCUCAUACCUUUAAGGAAACCUUCUCGGAGCCUAAAAAGAAGCCCGGUUCAUUAUCUUGCACCAGCAGACACCAUUAGCGCUAUCCUACGCAACGGCACUUGAGUUUCCACAUUGCCCCUCCCCGCUCUGUAAAAAAGGCCUGGGAAGUAAAUUAUAACUAAUAAUGGUAUGUAGACAGCAUCCUGGAUAUGUGUCGUGUGUGUGGAGGUGGCACGUCCUUUUGUGUGCCAUUUGUCAACGGAGGGCUGCGAAAAGGGGAUGCGCACGCCCACCUCUGUUUUUUUGUACUUUGAAUAUGUGCGCAGUGGACAUGUGCCCGGGUACCCGAGUGCAGCGCG